GUUUUUCGGUCACUUUUACUUGCGCUACAAACCUCGGAUUGUGACCUAGGGUAUAUGAAAGUCAAAGAUGACGACCAUGAAUGAGUGUCUGCCCUCCGGGAUCGAAGAGAAUGGGAGCAGUGAAAAAAGCAUCGUGUUUCAUGUACUUGUUGUCGGUGCAGGACUAAGUGGAUUGAGUACUGCCAUCGGUUUGCGAUUGGCAGGCCACCGAGUCACGGUUCUCGAGGGAGCGUCCCAAUUUGGAGAAUUUGGAGUUGGCAUUCAGGUUCCACCAAAUUGUGUAAAGGCAUUGAAGAAGUUAGGCGUCUUCGAAAAUGUAGCAGAACAGGCUACAUGGCCACUCUCCAUUACAAUGAAAAGAUGGAAGGACGGACAAUUAUUGGGAAGCACGCCUUUGGGAUCCGACAUGGAGGAGAAAUACAACAAUCCUUACCUAUUGACGUAUAGGGCAGACCUUCAUCAGAGCUUGCUCAACCGCUGUCGAGAAGUGGGUGCUGAGGUGUUCGCAAAUUCUUUUGUGCAGUCCGUCAAUGCAGAUCACCCAUCUGUCAAACUUGUCGACGGAAGCACCUUGAAUGCAGAUAUACUCGUCGGUGCUGAUGCACCUCCUGCGGAAAUUCGAACGAUCUUUGACGGUUGGGAUCCUUUAAUUCACCGAUUACUGGAAAAGGUUUCGACUUGUCGACAGUGGAAGACUUCAGAGCUAGAAGAAAUACCUCGAUGGAUCUCUGAGAGUGGGAAGAUAGUACUGGUGGGAGACUCAGCACACGCCAUGCUGCCUUUCCUGGCCCAGGGAGCCGCAAUGGCCAUCGAAGACAGUGUCGUCCUUGUUGAGUGUCUGUCAUCAUGCAAGACAGUGGAAGACGCUCCAGACAGGCUGCGGCUAUACGAGACUACGCGGCGAGAACGAGUGCGUAUCAUCAAAAGCGGGGCUCGACAGAACGCCACCGUCUGGCACUGUGCGGACGGGCCUUUUCAAGAAGCCCGGGAUGCUAUCAUCCGCUACGGGAAGGACCUUCCAACAGACGGCACGUUGUCUCACGAAGAGGCGGUCGCAGCGAAUAGAUGGAAUAAUCCUGCUUUUCAGGAGUGGCUUUUCGGGUUUGAUGCGGUGCUCAACGCCAAGGAGAUAAUACUGAAGAGGGAGUUGUAG